AGAGACAAAAGUCUUGUGACAGAUGUUUAGGCUGAAAAUAAAAUCUAAAUUCACGAAACGGUAAUAAAGGAAAUGUGUAGACGACAUUAGUAAUAAAAUAUUUUCUGGUUGUUGAGGAUUUAUUAUAGCAUAUGUGUAUCCUAGGUUUAAUGAAAUCGAUGAAUUACCGUAUUUCAAAGAUGUGGACUACCACUGUUGUACUAGUAUUAUGCAUUACGUCCGCCGUGGCAACACCGACUCCAGAAGUUCCAACACCCGAAGACCAUCAGAUUAUCAUGGCAAACGACUACAUCAUAUACAAAUGGCAUCUGUGGUUCGGGGCGAUUGAUAUCAAUCACAAGGGUCAGAUUUCAGCAGCAGACGUGCAACAAGAGGGGGAAUCAUUUUCCAAAUUAAGCCACGUUGAUGCAGAACGAAGGAAAGAAAUACUAGCGAAGCUGCACAAGUUAUGGAAUGAAUAUGUCUUCAGAGGUAAAACAGGCCCUAUCAACGAAGAGGAAUUCAUUGAGAUGAAUCGUCACCAGUAUGAAGCCGACAAAGCAAAGUUUCAAGCGGGAAUGCGAAAGUGUUAUUCUUCUUUCUUUAGUGAUAUAAUCGAUGUAUACCAUGAAGGAUUCGUCACUGAAGAAGAGUUUGUUAACCUCAUGAAGGCUUGUGGACAUGAAAAUGUGGCGCUUGUUAAAAUGUUGUUCAGUUUUUAUAACCCUGUUGGAGGGAAAGUUCCAUCGCAAGUUCUUGUCGACUCGUGGGUCCAGUUUUUGACCUCUGAUGAUAGUUCGCAAAACGAUGUGGUGAAGACAGCUUUAGAGGCGGGCAUAUAAUCGCUCUUGUGCUUGCAAUACGUACUGGCUUAUUAUUAUCAGAGGAUUAAUAGCACAUUGUUUAAUGUUUAAUACGUUUAGUCUAUAUGAAAUUCCUUAGAUGAAGCUUUAUAAAAAUGUCGCAUUUAAUUUCCCAUGAACUUUAUCGCAACAAAGUCACAACAUUCUAGAGGUCACAUUUUUCGUCCAUCAACAAUUUUCAACCACUGUUACAAACGUCAGGUAAUAAAAUGAAAGCGUGCAUUUUAUUUGAAGUUGACAUGAAAGUUUGCAAUAUGAUGUAACAUUAGAACAUUUGCAAUUCAAACCAUUAUUUAAGGACCAGAAUUAUGAAUCAUAAGAAUAAUAAUAAACACAAAUU